AUGCAUUUCCCCAUUCCUGCCUUCCUUGGCGCACUGCUGCUGGCAGCAAGUGUGUCCGCCGGCCCCUUCCACUACUCAAAGUUUGACAAGUCGAUCGACGUACAGUCGACCUCAGAGACUUAUACGCGCCCCAGUCCUGCAGUCAUAGGCUUUCCUCCCGCCAAUACUGACUUCGAAGCAGGUGAGCAAGUAUACACCGCAGCCGUCAAGGCUAACUUCAACAUGCCGCGUGAUGUCGAGGAUCAGUCAAGCAACGAUCACGGUAAGGCCCGUAGGAAAAUACUGCUCGAUAAAAUUAUUCAGUAUGUCAAGUCUGGUAAGGGUUCGAAGACGAAUGCAGCGAUGUAUCAGGACGUUGGUGGCGAUCCCGGUGAUGGCACUUGGGGUUGA